GAACAAAAACAGGCUAUUCAGUUGAGGAUAAUGGAAGAGGAAUUGAAAAACCUCCAGGAGUCUGAGAAGUUGAGAGAGGCCUCUAUCAAACCAAAUAAGCUGCUGGAAGAAAUAUUUGAAAAACCAGCAUGUGCUCAGCCUGCUCUCAAACCUGCUCACUCCAAAACUGUAAAGAAAACAGUUUCUCUGUCAGAGAAAUCUAAGGAAAAGCCAGCCAUGCUACAGAGGAGACCAAGCCUUGCACCACUCCAGAGGAGACCAUGCCUGGAUGGUCUGGCACCGCUGAAGGGUUUCCAAGAACCUGUUUUGAGGAUCUUCAAAGCCAUCGAGGGACAAAGCAUCCCAGACAGAGCUCAGCUGAAAUCUGUCAUCCUCGACCACUUAGGCUCCAAGCUUGUCAGGAAGCAGCUGGCGGAGUCAAUCAGGGAUGAGGUCAAACUGACGAUUCCAGGGUCUAAACCAGCGGCACCAAGGGCUCUGAGUGCCAGAAUCGCUUACGAUGUGUUGAAGUGCGUCUCUCGAGCGGCCAAUCCUCGCAAUGAACCUGCCUGCAGACUCCGUGGGGGAAACACAAUCAAACCCAAUGCUCAAGCAGAUGAUCCAGAACCAGAGGAGCGGAUGGCCAACGGAGAAGACAUAAACACCUAUGUGACAACGUUGAUCACUGACGUUCUGGAGGAAGUUCAGGAGCAGGUUAUCGUUAUGAUCCAAGAAGACUCCCCUACCCAAUUCAGAGUUGUCUCUGCAAAGGCCAGCCAAACAGCCAUUGAUGUGGUAAGCAAUGUUUUGGAAGACAUUAGACACUUAUUAAAUGAGGAAAACAUUGAAGAGCUUGCAUUAAACUGUGAUGCUGAAGAAGGCACCUCAGGCAUAUCAAACAGUCAGCCACCUGCAAUGACUGCAUUAAAAAAGGCAGACAACGAGAACCGCCCAGAUUCCUGUUCAAAACUAGAAGGUGUCGCCUGUGACCUUAUUAGCACUGCAUAUGACAGCCUCCUAUUCGAGCUGGCUUUUCCUGAGCUUCAGGGUGAAAGAGAUGAACAACCAAGCAACUCAAGGGCUAUCAGAAGUGACAUACAAAUCUCUUUUGUAGAAAAAGCUCCUUCCCUGACUCUGGGAAAUACUUCCCUCGGAGCCAGUGAUCUCAUCUUUAUCCUACUCUCCCGGUUAUGGAAUGGUGUUUUCAUCUGACCCUUCAGAGGUUGCAGAAAACAACAGUAAGACAAGCAGCUCAGAGGCCUCUGCAGCUGCAUCAACCUCGUCCCAGGAGACGGAUACCACAACCACUGUGGAAUGCAAAGAAGAAAGAGUAGAGAAUGGUAACACCAGUGAAACAGACAACGCCCUUUCUGUCCCCUCAGUCAAUACUGAAGAAGUUGUUUCAAAGCCUAUUCUCUUGCACAAGGUGAAGAAAGAAAACGCAGCCACCAGAAGAGCUUCUCUUCCCAACCUGUAUGGACUUGUUGUGGAUGCAGUUAUGGACCACUUCAGCACAGAACCCUUCAAAGACAGACUGGCCCGAUCAAUGAAGAAUGAGGUGAGACGCACCCUUUCUAUGCCUGAAUGUGGAUUGUUGAACCUUCAAAUUGAUAAUUACUUUGAGAGGAAAAUGCUACAGGAUAUGCUGAAGGAAGUAUCCCGACAGUGCGGAGGAACAAGCUCUAGCACCAUGGCUGAAGAGCCUACAGAUGAAGAAGAGAUCUAUAGACUAGAAUCUGCUGCAGCGCAACUGAUACAGAAAGUUUUCCAGGAGGUCAAGACAAAUUUUGUUGUCAAGAUCAAGAAGGGUUCUCCCAAGAGAUGUCUAUCCCCAAAAG